UAAGAUAUAUUUUUGUUGAUAUACAAAUAAAUUAUAGAAUCUGUUCAAAUAAUUGUAUAAGUGUAAUUGUUUAAACAAGCUAUUUAAGUUAGUUAAGUGUUUACGCAAAUACAGUGCCCGCUCCAGGGGGCCCACACGUACAUUUGAAGUCCUAUUUUUUGUUUUUUUGUAAUCGUACUAUAUUUUUAAAAGAAAACAAAUAAUCGAAGUUUUUUGCAAUGCUUUAAUCAGUGACAACUUAAAUAAAACAGUGAAUAACUUUUUAAAUUCCGCAACAUAACAAAAGAUUAUAAAUGGAAUCUAAUUUAAACAUGGAACUAAGCAGUGUAAAGGUAGAGUCUCUGGAAUUAGAUAUAGAUAUAAAAACAGAAAAUGAUAAUGACUUAGAAAAAGAUACUUGGCAAACAUAUAUUUGGGUUUGUUCUCUAUGUCAUGUUGAUUUUAAAACUGUAGAAGAACUGAGGUCUCACACCAAGGAAGAGCAUAAUAUGUGCAAUGCCUUUGCCUGUUUCGAUUGCAAGAAAAAUUACAUGUUGUUUGAAGAAUUUAUAAAACAUAUUCGAGAGCACAGAGAAGCUUUAGGAUCCAACUGUCAAUAUUGCAAAGAAUCAUUCACUAGUGAGGAACUGUGUAAUGAACAUGUGAACACCCAUCUAAAUGGAUCACAGAAGAUCUGCAAAUUAUGUGGAGAGAUAUUACCAAUUGCAAGUUCGUUGGACGAACAUAAACAAUUAUAUGGACAGACUGUGCGUGCUAAUGGAGAGGUUGAGAAGAAGUCAUGGAAGGACUAUACUUGGAUAUGUCAGAUCUGCAGUACAAAGUAUCCCGACUCGGAAGCCUUGCGUGUGCAUGCGCAGGCAGCCCACAACCGUUGCUUCGCGUUCCGCUGCGCCGACUGCCAGCAACAGACGACCAACUACAACCAAUUUGUCGCUCAUGUCGCCUCACAUAAACCUCAUUUAAGGAACUACUGCCAAUACUGCAACGAGUACUUCCCAAUCGUCUCCCAGAUGAGCCGCCACGUGGUGCGCCACGUCGCCGGCGCACAGCGCCCCUGCCACGUGUGCGGCCAGCUGCUAGACCACACACUGCUGGACAAACAUAGGAAGAUGUUCUCAGGGUCCGACACAGAACUCGCUAAGAUUAAAACAAAAAGAACUUACAAGAAGAAACCACCUCCAACCAUAGACGAAUUAACUUGCAAAAUUUGUCUGAAAGUCUGGGACACUAAGCGUAAAUUGACAAUACACACUCGCACCCACAACGAAACUAGACCCAGGAACUAUGCUUGCCCUAUUUGCAAUAAGGCUUUCCGAAAAAAAGGAACUAUGCAGGACCAUGCUGCGUCCCAUAGCGCUGUCAAAACUGAAAUUUGUCUAGUAUGCAAGAAGGAAUUUCACACAAAACGCGGUCUAAAAGCGCACUUAUUAACCCAUAGUGACAUAAAACCUUUCAUAUGCGACGAAUGCGGGGCGAGUUUUAGAUCUAAGCGAGCCGUUCAGAGACAUUUGACGACACAUUCACAAAAGAAAAGUUUCAAGUGUUCCCAAUGCGAAAGAGUGUUUAAGUACAAAGAGAAUUUGAUAACGCAUAGCCAUUACCACACAGGGACCAAAAUUUACCCUUGUGAGAUUUGCGAGAAGCAAUUUUCGACUUGGAUCAAUUGUGACCGUCAUAUGUUUAAGAAACAUGGUGUGAAGUUAGCGAAGACUAAGAACACUGCUCAGGGAAGCUUGAAUAUAGACAAAGCGACAGGAGAAGUGAAUCCGUUGAAAAUGGAUGAAAAAACUUUAGAAUGGAUGGAUAAUAUGUUAAAAGAUGAGAGGAAACGAAAGGAUUCGAAUGAAACUAAUGUAGCGUAGAUUUAAUGCCUACAAAGUGACGCCAUCUGGGGUAUUAAAAGAGAUCAAAUUAAAGCAAUUCAUCUAAAAAAGCAAUAUUGCUAUUUGACUUUUGCGCAUAUAAAAGUAAAUUACCAAUGUCAACAAAUGUCAAAUAGCAACAUUGCUUUUUAGAUGAGUUGCUUUAAUGUGACCCUUUGUAAUCCCCCAGGUGGUGUAUGGAGCAUACUCCAACAAAAACCAAAGAAUAAUAUGCAAACAUUGGCGACAAAGAAUUGUCAAUAAAACUAAUUACAUAUAAAUACAUAAUACAAUUUAUAUUACUUAAUGUAUCCGUAUUAUAAAAUGUAUUCAUAGGAAUUCUAUGUAUUCGUAAAUUACCUUUUUAUAAGAUUUUUAAAUAAAUUAAAUUUAUAGUUUAAAAAUAUUUUUAUUUAAAGACAAGA